UUCCCAAGUGGAUUUCGCCUUCAAACCAACGUUAAGAGUGGAUAAGAUACGCACAGGACAUCGUUGCACUUAGCAAUGUCUAUGCCACCAACUUUUGGAUUUACCCAAGAGCAGGUUGCCUGCGUGUGCGAGGUCCUUCAGCAAGGUGGAAGUAUCGAACGUCUUGGACGAUUUUUGUGGUCUUUACCAGCUUGUGAGCACCUUCACAAAAACGAGAGCGUAUUGAAAGCGAAAGCAGUAGUAGCUUUCCACCGAGGCAACUUCAGGGAGCUCUACAAAGUAUUAGAGAGCCACCAGUUUUCUCCGCACAACCACCCUAAACUUCAACAGCUGUGGCUGAAAGCUCACUAUAUUGAAGCGGAGAAAUUGCGCGGUCGUCCUUUGGGCGCAGUGGGAAAAUACCGCGUGCGCAGAAAAUUCCCACUGCCUCGCAGCAUUUGGGAUGGAGAGGAGACCAGCUACUGUUUUAAGGAGAAGAGCCGGUGUGUGCUUAAAGAGUGGUACACCCACAACCCAUACCCUUCCCCGAGAGAGAAGAGAGAACUGGCCGAGGCCACGGGUCUCACCACGACUCAGGUCAGCAACUGGUUCAAGAACAGAAGGCAGAGGGAUCGUGCCGCUGAAGCCAAAGAAAGGGAAAACGAGGGUGCAAAUCCAAACGGUCACAACCCCCUGACCUCUCACGUGAACGAAAACAAAUCUCUAUGUGAAAGUUCAGAUGAUGACAAAUCCCCCGCGGGAACCCCGGAUCAUACUAACAUGAGUCCAGCGAUCCUCAUGCCCUCCAGUUCAGGUCUGCCACCCCUGCACAGCUUCGCUCCUCCGCCCGGGCCCAGCGCCUCCAUCAGCGACACUCAGAGCCACCACCACUUCUCUAUGCACGACGGCCUUCUCAACCCCAUGACGGCCAGCCUGGUGGAACUUGGAUCAUAAGGAAUGAAAGAAACAUUUGACUUUCCAACCCGA